GUGGAGAGAAAUGAGAAUGAAAUCUAGCCGUCGGAUCUGAUGCAUCGUGCGGCUCAGAUUGCAUCCUGCGCUCAGAUUUUGAGAUAGUGCAUUUUCGAAGGUUUAUGAUGCAUUUCAACGUGAUGCAUUUUCGCACCAUUUUGGUGCAUCUAAUUUUGAUGAAAUCUUGACCUUUAGAUCUCACAAUCUAAAGCACCAGAUUCAUUCUCAUUUCUCUCCUAAAAUUGCAUUCUCACCAGAACCAAAAUAUAUAUAUAUAUAUAUAUAUAUAUAUAUAUAUAUAUAUAUAUAUAUAUAUAUAUAUAUAUAUAUAUAUAUAUAUAUAUAUAUAUAUAUAUAUGUGGGCCGGUUCCCGUGAGAAUGCACGUUGUGGAGAGAAAUGAGAAUAAAAUCUAGCCGUCAGAUCUGAUGCAUCGUGCGGCUCAGAUUGCAUCCUGCGCUCAGAUUUUGAGAUAAUGCAUUUUCGAAGGUUUAUGGUGCAUUUCGACGUGAUGCAUUUUCGCACUAUUUUGGUGCAUCUAAUUUUGAUGAAAUCUAGACCCUUAGAUUUCACAAUCGAAAGCACCAGAUUUAUUCUUAUUUCUCUCUUAAGAUUGCAUUCUCACCAGAACCAAAAUCUAUAUAUAUAUAUAUAUAUAUAUAUAUAUAUAUAUAUAUAUAUAUAUAAAAUUUUGGUUCAGGAAAUAAUUAAGAGAGCUUCGCAGCAGCCAAAGCAAAUGUCACACCCUCACAAACCUCAGAAACUUUACCACAGAAACAUUUCAGAUUCAUCUUCUCCCCCGCCCUUCAAACCAGACUGGAGAUCAAGAAUCAGACUCGCCCAAAUCGUCACCCAAAUCUCCACCAUUCUCACUCAAAGGAGCAGAAGCCAUUGGGCGUCACUUCUCAAGCCCUUCAAGCUCGGCUCUUCCGAUUUCACCCCUCAUCUCUUCCUUCAAAUCUUCCACAAGACGCAGAAUCACCCCUCUGUGGCUCUCGGAUUCUUCAAUUACGCCUGUAAGAAUCUAGGGUUUAUACCGGACCUCAAAACCCUUUGUAAACUCGCCCGGGUUUUAUUCGGGUCCGGACUCUCCGCACAAUCAAAACCCAUAUUGGGUUCUCUGGUUCAAGACUAUCCCGCCAGUCGGAUCGUCCGGGCAUUGGUUAAAGGUACAGACUUUGACACUCGCUCUUCCUUGUUGAGCUCUUUGCUUGAUUGUUACUGCGACGGCCGUUUGUACCUGCAAGCUCUGGAGGUUUAUCAGAGAUCAAAAGAUUAUGGCUGUUUGGUUUCAAUUUGUGGUUGCAAUGCAUUGCUAGGGGGAUUACUAGACAAAAAUGAGAUUAGAAUGUUUUGGUGCUUCUACGGUUUGAUGGUUCGGGACGGGGUUUCUGGAAAUCUGUUUACUUGGUCUUUGAUUGCUUUAGCUCUAAGUAAAGAUGGAAAGUUUGAAAGGAUUGUUAAAAUUUUCGACAUGGGUAUAUAUUGUCCCACAAUGUAUGAUCUUACAAUCGAGGGUUAUUGUAAAAGAGGGGAUUUUAAAGUUGCUCUUAUAUAUCUAGAUGAGAUGCAAAACAAGGGGAUAGACCCUAGCUUUAGUACCUUUAGCUGUAUUCUUGACGGGGCUUGUGAAUUUCGUGAUGUAAAACUGAUUAGUGAUGUUAUUAAUUCUAUGGUGGGCAAGGGGUACCUUCCAAAAAAGAUUCACGAAGAUUAUGAUUUGGUUAUCCAGAAGCUUUCCGAUUCAGGGAAGACAUUUGCUGCAGAGCUUUUUUACACGAGAGCUAAAGAGGAGAAGAUUGAGCUUCAAGGAACAACUUAUGGAUCUGUUUUAAGAUCACUGUCAAAUGCAAGACGAGUAAAGGAUGCUAUUAACUUCUUUGAUUCGGCAGUGGCGAAGAGAAAUGAUGUCAUCAGUGAUGCAUAUCUUUUGCCAUUUUUUAAGAUGCUCUGCGAAGAGAGUCCAUCAGAGGAUGUCAGCAGAUUGUUUAAAGGACUGAUAGAAAGGGGAUUGACAUUGGCUCCUUGUGUUGGCCAAAUCUCUGCAUAUAUAACUUCUCAAUGCCAAAACCGUUGGUGGAAACAAGCCGAGGAGCUUUUGAAUGUAGUUUUAAACAAAGGAAUUUUGCCAAAGGCGUCAUGUUUUAGCUUUUUGGUGAAGAAUUAUUGCUGUAGUGGACAGAUCAAUUCUGCCAUUUCAUUGCACGCUAAGGUCGAGGGACUUGAUGGUAAUUUUGAUGUAAACACAUAUAUUAAACUGCUCGAUGGGUUGUUUAGAGAAAAAAAGAUUGAAGAAGCUAUCAGGAUAUUUGAUUACAUGAGAAUGCAUGAUGUGUUGAGUAGUGAAAGUUUUUCAAUCGUCAUUAGACGGCUUUGCGCUGAAAAGAACUUCAAAAAGGCCAUGAGAUUGCAUGAUGAAAUGCUGGAGAUGGGGCUUAAACCUGAUGCGAAAAAAUAUAAGCACUUGAUCUCUGGUUUCAAGUGAGGUUCUGAAGACAUGGCAGAAUUUCCUAUGACAACAAUACCCCCAAGAGAUUUCAAGAAGAAUAUCAUUUGACAAUAUCUGAAGGAAGGUUAUGAGGAAUGGCAUUGUGAAGACAAGAGUGGAAAAAAGUUGUCUUUUUUCAUCUCCUUUCUUGUCUACCAUACUUGCAUUGUUUUAUCUUUGAAAAGAAAGAAGAGAAGCUUUAAUUGCAAGACUCUCAUCGGAGAAGAAGACCGUUAGGUCGGGCAUAUUUGUUUGGGUCUCUUUCAUGGAAGCCAUGAUGAAGGGGACUUUCAAGGCAGGGUUCAAAUACAUAUCAAAUAUUUUUGUUGUGAAGGAGGACGAUAUAGAGAUCGGAUUCCCAACGGAUGUAAAGCAUGUAGCACACAUUGGAUGGGAUGGCCAAUCCGCCGGCUCUGCACCUACUUGGAUGAAAGAGUUCAAGUCCGGGCCCGACUUUACUUCGUCAUCAAUCGGUAACGUUGGUCGUAAACCGUCGUCACCCGACUUUUGCAAAGAUGAUUUGACAUCUUCGAGAGACAUCAGUGGGGCCCACGCCAUUCCGACGAGGAAACAGAGACGGAAGAAGUCCAGAGCGGUAUCUUCGUCCGGCUCCAGUUUCUCCUCGUCGGCAUCGCGUGCCCAGCCCAAAUCUAAGGCUAAGCUUGUCGCAGAAGAAGGCAACGAUCGUCCCAAACCUUCGGACAUACACGUCGUGUAAUGUUGAACUUGUUCACGCCGGAUGGGGGUGUUUUUUGCCAUUUGUCAUUCUUUUCUGGAGAAUGUUACUUUUAUCCCAUAUGUGACACUGAGGUUGACGCUAUCAGAGACAAUCAUGCAAAGAAAGACAUUUAGAGUUU